AUGGAGGACUCUAUACUGCCCUCGGAGCUGCUACAGGUGGUUCGGCUCUCUCUUAAGGCCACUGCCUACGAUGUCUGGACCGCAAACGAUGACGAGACGUUCAACCCGCGAAAUCCUGCCCUGCGCAAGCUCGUCGAGGCUGUGCUUUACAGUCGGGAGUUCGUGCUCACGUACUAUAUCGUGGUGGCCGUGCUGGUAGCCACCCUCGCAAGCGUGCGGGGGACAAAGAAACUCUUAUAUCAUAGAGGCCAGAGGCCGAAGUCGGGCGUCGAAACACCUGCGUCCUAUGCAUCGUCAAGCGACACACUGACGGAAGAGGCUGUCGCACCCAAGGGCGAUCCAGAAAGGAAGCCUCUACUUAGUGAUGCACGCUCAAGUGACGGACCUGCCCGCGGCGGCAUCUUCACCACCUUCGCGCGCUCGGCCCGGUCGAUAUGCAUGUACCAACCCAGGCCGUUACCCUCACUCACAUCACCCACGAGCACACUACCAGAAAAUGGCACGUCUAUCGCGGUACUUCUGAUGCUAGCCGUCAAUAUCUUCUACCUCCUGUACCACACCGAGCUCAGCAUACCCAUGCUCUUCGCCUUCGCCGAUCGAGCUGGCCUAUGCUUCGCCAUGAAUCUUCCGGUCUUGUACGUACUCGCUGCAAAGACAAAUCAGCCGAUCCUGGCACUUUCCGGCUGGUCCUAUGAGGGUCUCAACAUCUUUCAUCGUCGCCUGGGCGAGUGGAUGACUGCUCUGGCAGCCAUGCAUUCCGUUGGGAUGGUUGGCGUUUGGUACACGCUACUGAGGCCGCUGCAUUUUGGAUUUCUCAGAUUCAUUAGUGGAAGGGUGGGUCUGCUUGGCUUAUUUGCGUUCGUUGCGUACUUGGCGAUCUAUGUGAGCAGUAUCGGGUGGGUGAGGAAGUUGUUCUACGAGAGGUUCCUGCUAUUGCAUGUUGUGCUCCAGGUGGCUGCUUUGGUGUUCUUGUUCUUUCACCACCACAACAGCCGGCCAUAUGUGUUGGCGAGUUUCGCAGUAUGGGCGAUAGACAGGGCGAUGAUUCGGAAUGUGGUCUCGAGCGAGCAGCACAUUGCUACGCUUGAGAUUGCGCCUGACCAGAAGACGGUGUUGCUGCAUUGCACUGUUCAGGUCACGCCUAGGCGACAAGGGCUCCCCUCAAGCAUUUCGAAAGGAUGGGAAGCGGCACAGCAUGUCUUCGUCACGGUGCCCAGUUUGGGCUACGCUCGACACAGACUGCAAACGCAUCCUUUCACAAUCGCUUCACCGCCACCGCCGACUGGCUAUACCGGACCGUGGCAGCUGCAGCUGAUUAUCCGUGCUCAGGAUGGCUUCUCUAGGGAGCUGCUGGCAUUCGCCAAAUAUCAUCAACAUGUAGAGAUUCUGUUGGAUGGUCCAUACGGUUCUACGGAUACACUGGCGACUAUGAAACAAGUCGAUCGGGUCUGUCUCAUCGCUGGCGGAAGCGGGAUAGCUGUCACAUACCCUCUUGCCUGGGCUCUGCAGGUCAGAGCGACUCCUGAAGCAGUCCUGAGUCAGCGGACUGUCUAUGAGGACGGUCGUCGAAUUGUCCCCCAAAUCUCUGGGACUGAGCAAGUACAAAACAAUAAGCACAGCCAUAUUUGGAUCAGGCAGGACCCUCAGUCUGAUCGGUGGCUACAGUAUGUGCCCAGACUGGACUCUACAAGACACUCAGUUGAAGGCCUGGUGGCUCCUUUGUCAGCAGACGACGGCCGUGCUGCGGAUUUAAUCACGGCCCGGUUCAGCACUCGAGGAGUUCACGCAUUGCGACCUGACAUCUUCACUGAGCUGCGAGAGUGGGUCGAGCUGGACUCGGGGAAGGGGCAAAAGGCCGGAUCGGGGGCACUGUCGAGCAAGACGCAUCUGAUCGUUGUCAGUGGACCUGACAGCCUUGUUAGAUCUGUACGCAAUGGCGCUGCAAGACUUGUUCGUGAAGGCUAUCAUGUUGAGGUGCAUGUGGAAAAGUUUGGUUGGUGA